GGUUGAGCGCUUAGCUGAUUUUUUUAGCGUCGAUCUAGCUCCAUACUCUCGUGAAAACAGGUGCAUGCGGGAAAUAACGGCGCAAGCGCCCGGCGACAGGAGAGGCAUCGAUGCCAACGGAAAUCCUGGGAUCGACCAGGAAUCGAGCGAAACUGCGGGGAAAGAGACCCUGGCGCAUGGGCUAAGAGCCCGCGUUGUAGAUGCCCUCAUUCGCCAAUUUUUCUCCCCUCGCCGACGUACGCCGUCCGGCGCCGCUCAUGGCAGCGUACCACCUCAGCGCGCAGCUCCACGGCCACGGUGGCGAUGUUUCUAGGAUAUGUAUCUGUGGUGAUGUGGGUGUUCCAACCUCAUCAAGCGAUGGAACCGUGAGAUUCUGGACGCAGCACCCGGAAAAGAAGUGCGAAUAUGUCCUCUCGAAAACCCUUGCAGGACAUUUUAGUUUUGUUGGUGCAAUGGUUUGGGCCCCUCCUUCUGAUCGCUUUCCGGAAGGAGCAAUUGUUUCUGGUGGCAUGGAUACACUAGUAUUGCUGUGGAAUUUGCAUACAGGAGAAGUUGUUGGAACAAUGAAGGGUCACACCUCACAGGUGACUGGUCUUGCUAUCGAUGACAACGGUGACAUUAUAUCUUCAUCGAUGGAUUGACAAUUUGUUCAUGGGGUAGUUGUUUGGCAGAUGUGGUGAUGUAACAUGAAUGUAAUAUACUCCCUCUGUCCCAAAUCUUUGAGAAGGUGGAGAGAUGGCAAUGCUGUAGAGAUCUUGGUGGCCCAUGAAGCCGCAGUGCAAACUGUUCUUAAGUUGCCCUCGGGAGAACUAUUUACGGGUUCAAGUGAUUCCACCAUUAAACUUUGGAAAGGAAGGAUUUGUCUACAUACAUUCUCUGGGCAUGCAGACACUGUUUGUUGUUUAGCACAGAUGCCAGGAAUGGGUAUACUCUCUGCAUCACAUGAUGGAACUAUAAAGUUAUGGGCAUUAACUGGCCAACCCCUGUUGGAGAUGAUUGGCCAUACCUCUCUUGUAUAUUCUGUGGAUGCUCAUUCAUCUGGUCUUAUUGCUAGUGGCAGUCGAGAUCGCUCGGUCAAGAUAUGGAAAGAUGGAAUCUGUGUUCAGAGCAUUGAACACCCAGGCCGUAUAUGGGAUGCUAAAUUUUUGGAUAAUGGCGAUGUUGUAACUGCAUGUUGUGAUGGAAUUGUGAGGAUAUGGACAACUGGCAAUAAUAGGCUCUGCCAUGAUGAGGAACUUGCAGCAUAUAGAAAGACUGUUGGUGGACUGAAGCUGAUGGAUCCAUCAGGAGCUGCGGGAAUGACACAACAAGGAAUCGUUGCACAAACGCUAAUUGUUAGAGAGGGACACACCGGUGUUGCUUAUUCAUGGAAUUCAAAAGAGCUAAAAUGGGACAAAGGCUAUCCUCCAACCACUGUGAGUAAAAAUCAGUACCCUACCUCUUGGAGGGCCGCGCAGCCCUGCGACAGCAUCCCAGAGGAUAUCAUCAUCUGGGAGAUAAUCCCCCGCCUGCCAGCGAAGGCCUUUGCCCGCUGCCGCGCCAUCUGCCGCUUGUGGCGCCACGUCCUCACCUCCAACGGUGACCUCCUCCUCAAGCACCACUGCGCCCAGCCCUCCCACCCCAUUGCCUCUUGCAUGGAGCGCUCCGACCGCAUGCUCUACGAUCUCUGCGCCUUCGACCCGUGGGCCGGCGUGCUCUCACCCUUUGCUCAGCUCUGGGACCCCUGCCUCAUGGUCAGGGCCUCCUGCGACGGCCUCCUCGUCCUCUCUAGGCCACGGUGCUUCUACGUCUGCAACCCGACCACCAGGGAAUGGCUUUCCAAGUGCUUCCUUCCGCACUUCCUGGGGUUCUAUCCCCACCGCUCUUCCGGAGAGUACAGGGUACUUUGCAGGAGCAGCAAGUCCCUGGACCCUCAUUCGGAUGACAAACCUUCCUACUACAUCUUCACGUUGGGUUCUUCGGAGCAGAGGUGCAUCGGCCGGCCAGCGGCGUCGGCGUCCGAAGAUGACGCACUGGCGGAGGGCAGUGUCAAUACAACAUCCUACCGCCCGUCGGUCCUGUUCCAGGAAGACCUGCACUUCUACCCUGUGAAGAAACAGGGCAGCAACAUGCUGAUGGUAUUCAAUACCACUGCCGAGUCAUUCCGUUGGAUGUCUGCUCCGGCUACCCCUGAGUCGGCCACUUUGUUUGAGAUGGAUGGCAAGCUCGUCCUCUACUACAUCGAUGAGGACAUCACCAUGAUUGAUAUUUGUGUGCUACAGGACUAUGAUAAUGAGGUCUGGGAGUUCAAGUACAAGAUCAAGCUUCCAGUGGCAGACCUUCGUCUGUCAGCUCGAUCACGUGGUUAUAUAUCGCCGGUCUUGUAUGAGAAGGGUGGUGUGCUCAUCUCAAUGCAUAGCCGUCUUGUUCAAGUUGACACUCUGGGAAGUGUGAGGUCAGAUAUUAUAUGGAGUGGCUCGAAUCUGUCGAUUACGCCGUAUAAGCUCAAACAAAGCCUGGUUCGUCACACAUUCUUUCCGAGUCAACCUGGUGGCGCUUCCUCAGGGGGACCUUUCAUCUGAUGACUGGUUGGUGAGAAGGUGCUUCUUAUUCUUAUUGACAUUAGUGUUACAAUGCCUUGGAGCUUUUCUGGCAUGACCUCAUUGUUGUUUACAAACAAUUCUGAUCUUCCUUGUAACAAUACCCUUGGAGCUUUUCUGGCAUGACCUCAUUAUUGACAUUAGUGCUAAAUAUUUAUGUCU